UAACAAUACGGAAGUGAUACUAUCGCUUCUAUACCUGAAACAAACUAAUGGUGGUACUUGCGCGGCCACUCUCCUGUCCCGAGCAAAUACAUCCUUAAUCUAGUUUUGCACUGGUUAAAGCUAUUUAGAAAAUACAUAAAUAUAUUGCCUUUCAGUUAUGUUCUGUCUAAAUCUCGAACAGGUGAAUAACAGACGUAUAAUUAGUUUUGUAGUGCUACGUUAAGAAGGAAGAAGAAAAGCAGCUUUAAGCAUUUAUUUUGUGUCUGAAGUUGCUAUUAUGGAUCAAUAUUCAUUAGUGAAAGUCAUUGGUGAAGGGUCUUUCGGUCGAGCUCUUUUGGUUCAGCCAAUAAACGAAGGCCAAAAUUAUGUUAUGAAGGAAAUACGACUGCCAAAGGCUGAUUCUGGGAUAAGAAACAGCAGAAGAGAAGCUGUGCUUCUGUCCAGAAUGAAGCAUCCAAACAUUGUGGCAUUCAAAGACUCAUUUGAAGCUGAUGGUCAUUUGUACAUUGUAAUGGAGUUCUGCAGUGGUGGAGAUCUUCUUCAAAGGAUACAGCAGCAAAAAAAAAUUCUGUUCACUGAGGACGUGAUCCUGAAGUGGUUUGCACAGAUGUGUCAAGGCACCAAACACAUUCACGACAAAAGAGUACUUCACAGGGAUUUAAAAUCAAAGAAUAUUUUCUUGACAGACAGUGGAACUGUGAAGUUGGGGGAUUUUGGUUCGGCAUGUUCUCUAAACAGUGCAAAAGCAUAUGCUCAGACCUAUGUGGGUACUCCAUAUUAUGUGUCUCCAGAAAUAUGGGACAACAAACCUUACAAUAAUAAAAGUGACGUCUGGUCUCUUGGCUGUGUCUUGUAUGAACUUUGCACACUCCAACACCCGUUUCAGUCACGUAGCUGGAAGAGUCUGAUCUUGAAGGUGUGUCGUGGGGCGUAUGCACCUUUACCCAGCCACUUCUCCUAUGAGCUGCACUACCUCAUCAAAAACAUGUUCAAGACUAACCCUAGCGACAGACCCUCUGUACACACAAUCCUCAGCUCUCACCGUGUGUCUCGACUGCUCCAUAAACACCUGGUGCCAGAGAAUAAGGAACUGGUGCAAGAACGAACACACCACUGGAGGAGAGAGGAAGGAGAGAAAGUGGCCAUGUUUUUAGGACAGAAGAGUUUAGUGAUCACAACUACCACCGAAGGAACUAUGCAAGUAGAACAGUCCACUUUGGAAAACAACUGCAUUGAUGACCCAGCUUCUCGUAAGAGGUGGGCAGUCGGAGCUUGUAAUACCGUGCUGGGGGUCCUAAGAAAUGCUGACAUCAUUUCCACUGGUAGCAUGGAAAAUGCAGAACGGACUGAUCGCAUUUCAGAGGCUGAGUGUGUGGAGACCCAGGAAAGACGAGUGAGGAAACAAUGGGACAAAGAUCCACCUGAUAGACUCCUGAGUGUUCUGGAGAAAGCGCAGCUCUGCUAUGGCUUUGAGACAUACACUUUACAUAGAGAUGAGCAUGGAGACAAAGUGGACGGUCCUGAGGAGAUGAUCACAGACUACAGUAGACUGGAGCCACGCUCAGAUGAUGAAGACACGGAUUUUGAAGAGGAGUGUCCGUAUGACUGGAUAAAUGAACUGGAGGAAAUGAUUAGCUAAAGAAACUUAAGUGAGUUAUUGUAUGUGUUUUACUUGUACAUACCAUUUUUAUUUGUAUUCAAUUAUUUUUUUUUAUUUUUUUAUUUCUCAUCACAAAUUAUGAAAAUAUAACAAUAAAGUGAUUUCUAAUAUCACUAAUAACAGUAAUACAGUCCUAAUUUAAAAAAAAAAGAGAGAUCUGGUUUAGUUUAUUACUAAGACACUUUAUGUAUAAUCAAACAUGUUGCUCUUUUUAUAAUAAUAAAGAAGCUGGGAAAGAUGAGUGACUAAAUAAAACAUAAAGAAAAUCAUUUUGAAUCUCACCUGUCAGGAAUAGGCCUGGGUCAUAUUUCACUUCAAAAGCAAAAGAAAACAAUUAAUCAUGACUCCCCUAAAAAGGCUAGAUUUCAUUUAUGCAAAUUAUAAUUUCUCUUUUUUUUUUCUUUUUUUUUUUUGUUAUGAAAAGUCUGAAAUGUUUGGUGUGAAGUGUUUAGCAUCUCUCUUCUGUUUGUUUUCACUAUUGUGUAUGUAACAUGUAAGUACAACCGUAUAAACACAUCUGGAUCCACUUACCAAUCUUGCCACAAAAUGCUGUAUUUAUAUAUAUAUAUAUAUAUAUAUAUAUACAGUAGUCAGCAUUUGAAGUGGAUCAAUAAAGUUCAUCAAAGUUGUCCUAGGACAAGUACGCAUUUUGGUUUUAGGUUUUAGGACAACUUCGCUGAAAAGUUUUAAUCCACUUCAAAUGUUGACAACUUUAUAUAUAUAUAAUCUUUUUUUUUUUUUUUUUGGUUAAGAAGGUUGUAGAGAAAAUGUGUUUCCUUUAUUACCGCUAGGUGGAAUAUAGAAUGUGCAAAUGAAAACUGUUGCUGGGAAAUUGAAGAAUUUGUAAAGGCUUUUUUGAAUAAGAUAAGAUUUCCACCACACGGAAAUAACUACUGCCUACAGCUUUAUAAAAACAUGCAAUGAUCUGCUUUAUCUUCCUCAGAUUUCGAAAGAAACCCUUUUAUUGACUGACAGAAUGCAAAACUCUUUUACUGAAUGCUUUCAUAUAUUACAGUAGAUUAUAUAUAUUUUUGUGAGAUCACUUUAUGAAGAAACAUAUUCCAUUUUGGGUGAAAUUGGGGGACAGACAGUUGUUAUGGCAAAUUAAACCCUGACAAGGUGAUCAGGACGACAACAUGAGGCUGUACAUUACAUUAUUGGUUGUAGAUUACAUUAUGCCUUAUAUAUACAUUAUACCACUCUUACAGAACUCUUAACUUUUGAGUGGUAGGAUUUUUUUUCAAUAAAUUAAUAGAAAUUAAUUUUAUUCAGAAGAGAUGCAUUAAAUUGAUAAAAAGUGACAAUAAAGACCAUUACAUUGUUUCAAAAAAAUAUUCUGUUUCAAAUAAAUGCUGUUCUUUUGAACUUCCUAUUCAUCAAAGAGUCCCUAAAAAAAUCCUUUUAAAAAUUACAAACUAAAAAAAAAAUGUACCAUGGUUUCCACUAAAAUAUUAAGCAGCACAAGUAGGAGUGGGAGAUAUGGCAAAAAUAUCAUAUCACUUUUUUUUCUUUCUUUUUUUCAGAAAUAUCACGAUUUAUUGUCAUGUUGGUUUUACUAUUUUGCAAGUUGUCUGAGCAGUAAAAUAAACUAAUUUCCCCAUUAAAAAAAAAAAAACCUUACAAGGUAAAAGAUAAAAAAAAAAAAAGAAUGGCAAACAUUUAGGCCAAAGUCGGCAAAGAUAAAAUUCUUUGUCAUUAUUUUAUCUUUGUUAUUAAAAACAAAGAACAAAGAUAGGCUACACCAGGGUUCCUCAAAUCUUACCCUGUAGGUCCAAUCCACUGCAGAGUUUAGCUCCAACCCUGAUCAAACUCACCUGUCUGUGAUUUUCUAAUGAUCAUGAAGACAUUGAUUAGCCUGUUCAGGUGUGUUUGAUUAGGGUUACAGCUAAACUCUGCAGGAAAGUGGAUCUCGAGGUCAAGAUUUGAGGAGCCCUGGGCUACACGCUACUAGUACACAUAAUAUACAAAAAUAGUACUUUACUUUUCAGUAGGUGUAUUUAGCAGUAGCAUUUAAGAAAUUGAAUUAACAAGUAUAAAAAUAAAUAUCCACAUAUUAUACAUUGACUCUUAUUAAAGCAACUGUUUUGAAAUUCUUCAGUCAAGAGCAGUGAGUGAUUUUUCUCUUUGUGUUUUGUUUUAUUACCAUUAUAGGGAUACCUCACCCAAAAAUGACAAUUAUAUCAUCAUUUACUCUUGUUUUUUUUUUUUUUUUUUUAGCUCGAAUGAGUUUCUUUCUUCUGUUGAAAAUAAAGUCUGCUAGUUCACUUGCUUUGGUCCAGACCAAAUACAAUGUUGAUUUUUUUGGUUUGGUGCGGUUCGCUUUCACACUGCUCUUUUUGCAAGUGAACCAGAAAUUGUAAACAAAACAACACAUGUGCUUAAGGUCAUCCAUUCAUUGGUUCAUCCAUUCAACUGUACCAGAGUUAAUUUGGAAGCGGACCGAGACCACCUCUUCAGCUGGGUCUCGGGGCCCGUUUUUGGUCCGCACCCGAGUGCGAUUGCUGUAUUCACACCUGCCAAAAAGAUCCGCACCAAGGGGGGAAACGAACUUGAGUUUGAUUCAGUCGAACCAAACAAGACAGGUGUGAAUACACCCUAAAACUUAUUUUGAAGAAUGUGGGUGACCAAACAGUUGCUGGUCCCCAGUUACUUCCAUAGUAUUUUAUUUAUUUAUUUCCACUAUCAAAGUCAGUGGAGACAAGCUACUGUUUGGUUACCCACAUUCUUCAACAUAUCUUCUUCUGUGUUCAACACAAGAAAGAAAUUAAUACAGGUUUGGGACAACAUGAGUGAGUGAAUAAUGACAGAAAUUAAAUUUUUGGGUGAAUUAUCCCUUUAAUGACAAGCGGCAGCAUGUUUUGUACUGUCGCUUUAAGUCAAGUCAAGUCACCUUUAUUUAUAUGGCGCUUUUAACAAUACAGAUUGUGUCAAAGCGGCUUUACAGUAUCAAAUAGGAAAAUAGUGUGUCAGUAAUGCAACAGGACAAUAGUAAACACUCAAUUUUCAGUUAAAGGCAGUUCUUCAUUGAAUUCAGUGAUGUCAUCGCCCAUCUCAGUUCAAUUUAAAUAGUAUCUGUGCAAUCAAGUCGACGAUAUCGCUGGAAAUUAAGUGUCCCCAACUAAGCAAGCCAGAGGCGACAGCGGCAAGGAACCAAAACUCCAUCGGUGACAGAAUGGAGAAAAAAACCUUGGGAAAAACCAGGCUCAGUCGGGGGGCCAGUUCUCCGCUUCCCAUCUCAUCUGGUUCUUCUCCUGAUGGCAGUUUAGGAGACAAGGUCUUCACUGGGGAUCUGUCUCUGGGGCUCAUCUAGUUGUCCUGAUCUCCGCUGACAUUCAGGGCUGUAGAGGUCAUCUCUAGGUGCUGAUCCACCAUUAGGGCUGGAUAUGGACUGGAUCCGGGUGACUGCAGUGACCAUCUGAUCUGGAUACAGACUGGAUCGGUGAUCUCAGAAUAAGAAAGAAACAGACUAAUAUUAGCGUGGAUGCCAUUCUUCUUACGAUGUAACAAGUACAUUGUGUGUUAUGGGAAGUGUUCCCGGUUCUGGUUCACCUAAUUAAUGCAGCCUGACAAUCCUUCAACGGAUUUGAAUAUUAGAAACAAAUUAGUUCGCUAUGUGUAAGCCAGAUAGAUGGGUUUUUAAUCUAGAUUUAAACUGACAGAGUUUGUCUGCCUCCCGAACAAUGUUAGGUAGAUUAUUCCAGAGUUUAGAUGCUAAAUAGGAAAAGGAUCUGCCGCCUGCAGUUGAUUUUGAUAUUCUAGGUAUUAUCAAAUUGCCAGAGUUUUGAGAACACAGUGGACGUCGAGGACUGUAAUGCGAUAAGACCUCGCUCAAGUACUGAGGUGCUAAACCAUUCAGUGCUUUAUAAGUUAUCAAGAUAUUAAAAUCUAUACAAAGUUUAAUAGGGAGCCAGUGCAGUGAUGACAGAACUGGGCUAAUAUGGUCAUACUUCUUGGUUCUAGUAAAAACUCUAGCUGCUGCAUUUUGGACCAGCUCGUGUUUGUUUAUUAAGUGUGCAGAACAACCACCCUGUAAACUCGGUACUUUUAAGGGUACCGACCGAAUUGCGUUGGUACUACCGAGUACCUAUUCACAUUAAAUCAUUCAGUACCAAAUUUUGUUACCUGAGAACGCAUUUGGGCGCAUACGAGAGAGAGAGAGAGAGAGAGAGAGAGAGAGAGAGACCAUGUGACAUGAUGUCACCCAUGCAACUCUUUAAAACACAACACACAGGGCAAAUGAAAUGUUCUGAAGUGUGUUUACAUUUCUAGGGUCAUAUGGUUACCGUGAAAAUGCAGACAGGAUGGCAGAGUCCAUUCAUAAAAACGGAAUUUACCCUAUAGCACGGAAUGCCACGGAAUUCUGGCAUUUUGGUUGAAUAAAAGAAGGUCUGUCACUUAAUUCGAAUCGUGAUAUGAACUAGUGUAUGUGAAUAUUAAAACGCAAAAAGACGGUUUAAAUAUGAAUCUUGCAUGUUCCACUAGCCUCGGUAGCUAUGAAUGGCAGAGAUGCGGUUCCCAAUCGAUUCGGUCACUCUACAUUGCUAUAGGAAAUACCCUUUCCUCAAAUACUACUGAAUCCUUAUUGAAUACUUAGUGAAACUGGCCAAUGGAGUUCAAGCGUGCGAAAUAUGAGCGGGAAUCACACUCUAUAUAAGGCAGCGCUUGUACGUCAUCCAUUCAGAAUCUUUUCCUUCAGCCAACCUUCUACGAGGAGCAAGAAGCCUAUCAAGAAAGAACUACUCACCUUGAUCCACACGCUGCAGCGGACACGCCUUCUCUUCCCCUGCUGUAUUCUGGUGAGCUUCGGAAACAAGGAUGACUCGCGAUUGCCUCUCCUGUGCGGAGCCAAUCGAAUCUUCUGAUGGCCACGAAUCGUGUGUCUUCUGCCUGUGUCGCGCCCAUGCAGAGGUGGCGCUUGGGGGGUCGGAUUGCCCCCACUGCGGGGAUAUAUGUCUCCAGACUCUCAGGCUCCGUCCAAGGGGAUGAACUCGCCCAACUAGCUGUGCCGUGCUCUUCCUCUGCAGCCUCUUUCGAGCCAAGGAGGAAAGUGCUGCGAGUUUCUGAUGCGGAUCUGUCAGGAUCAGGUGACGAGCCUGCACCCUGCUCAGUGCCCACGCGCUCCUCACCCCUCACCCCCCUGCUGCAGGUCCCCUUCCAGUGCGCUUCAUGACCGCUGAACUCCGCCCCUCCCCUGACGCACAAGAUGUGGUGUUGUGGUGUCUUUCGGUGCCAUGGAGGGCACUGAAGAGGAGGAGGAUGCCAUUUCGGUGGCAGAGUCUGCGAGAGAGGAGUGAUCCAACAGCCCGCUGGAUUGCACUGUGCCCCAUGGCAGCAACGUGGGGGACCUCCAUCACAGUGAUUUCGAGCUCCUAAGCGUCCUGUCCAAGGCAGUGGAUGAGCUCGGUUUGGAGUGGUCGCGUCCUGCCGAGCCGGCCAGAAGCCGUCUGGACGAGUGGUACCUCCAGUCGGAUCAUGGCCAAAAGGACACCCCGCGGAGACCCGGCCCCUUUUUCCCCAAGGUGCAUGAUGAGAUAAAAAAGUCCCUCCCUCCUGUCUUCUGUGGAUGGACAAGUGGGGUAUGUCAAACUCCCCGCCCCGUGGAAGAAGCCGUCGCUGCCCAUCUCUGUCCUUCAGCCGCGGCGAACUGGAGAGUGAGAAACAACGUGUUUCUCCCCUCUAAACCUUGCCGCGCCACUGCAAACCUCGCCGGCAAGGCUUUCUCCAUGGCGGGCCAAGCAGCUUCAGCACUGCACGUGAUGGCGAUACUCCAGGUGUAUCAGGCCAAGUUGCUCAAGUCUCUGGAUGAGGAUGGGCCGGACCCUGAAGUGUUCAAAGAGCUCUGACGCGCCACGGCUCUGGCCCUCAGAGCGACGAAGGUGACAGCUCGAGCGAUCGGCCAACCUUCGGGACAUGGUCAGUAACGGACAAGUCAUGGCACAUAAACUGUCUGGAGCUCCGUGCUGUACACCAAGCGCUCGAGUGCUUUCUCCCAGACAUUCUUCACCGUCAAGUUCUCUGUGCACUUAUAUCGAGCGCUCUAGACAGUUCAGACUCUCAGAGCAGCUAUUUGUAUGUUUUGGUGGACGUAAAAAUGGCCUGCCUGUGUCUAAGCAAAGGCUGUCGCACUGGACGCAAUUGCUUUGGCUUAUAGCUCUAAGGGCAUGGAAUGUCCUAUAGGGGUUCGGGCCCACUCAACCUGCGGACUCGUGUCCUCAUGGGCCUGGGCAAAUGGCAUAUCUAUUCAGGCAUAUCUAGUCGUCACCCAGCACUUUCGCGAGGUUUUAUAACCUAGAUGUGUCGUCGCUUGCCUCGCAUGUGCUGUCAGUGUGAGCAGCGCAUGCGCCUAUUCAGCCUCAGUUAUGAUCUGAGAUGUUUAUCAGUGGUUUCGACUAGGUCGUAUGUACCCUGUAUUGACGCACCACCAAUUCAAUGUUGUCCCUAUCAGUUUAUCACAGUGUUAUGAUAUAGUUCACCACGUCUUUUAGGACUUGAUCACCAUCAUACUUUGCUUAUUGAGCACCAGUACAACCGUUGCAUCAUAACACAUGAUUUCACUGAAUUAAACAAUUUCAACUAUGAAAGCGCCGAAGCAGCCACCAUUUCACAUUCUCCGCCCCUGGUGUGAUGUGGCAUCGUCUAGUUGCCGCGCCCCCCCCUGACUUUUACAUGGUUUCGACUAGGUCCUGUAGACCUGAGCUGUGUUUACCAAGAGCGCCAAUAUCAUUGACGCUCUCAUUACGGCUCCGAAUGUGAAACUUGACAUACUUAGUCGAAUCAGGCUCCAUCGUUGUGACACGGCGGGAUUUUAUACGUUCCCAUAGCAAUGUAGAGUGACCGAAUUGAUAGGGAACGCUCUCGGUUACUCACGUAACCUCAGUUUCCUGAGAUGAGGGAAUGAGACAUUGCUCUUAUUGCCAUGUCACCUAGCUCAGGAUCUUGGAAUGCCAAGUUGCUUCAGUCAAAGAUUCUGAAUGGAUGACGUACAAGCACUGCCUUAUAUAGAGUGGGAUUCCCGCUCAUAUUUCGCCUGCUUGAACGCCAUUGGCCAGUUUCACUGGCGUGAUUCAGUAAGGCUUCAGUAGUAUUUGAGGAAAGGGUAUUUCCCAUAGCAAUGUCUCGUUCCCUCAUCUCAGGGAACCGAGGUUACGUGAGUAACUGAGAGCGUUUUGUUUACUAACGUUACACAAAUACUGAAGCACACGUGAACUCGCGGUGAUUUUUGGCCCCUGCAUCUUACUACAUGAUGACAUGAACACAUUAACUUACAGGCUGUGAGAGUCACUUCAUGAGAAUUUUACCAUAUGCACACAAACUUCACAGCAACCUGUCAAAAUAAAAGUGUGGUUUAACAUGUAAUAUAUUACUCUUGUAUUACUUUUGUACAGUUUAAUGUACGUCUUUAUAUAUUCCAUUUACUGUCAAAUUUAAAUAAAACAAUUAAAUGAUAAAAAUAAUUAUUACAACCACAUUAAUCACUUAAUUGUAGAAAAAAUACAAUUAUUAUUAAAACUUUUGGUCACACUUUAUAUUAGGUGGCCUUAACUACUAUGUACUUGCAUCAAAAAAUAAGUACAGUGUACUUAUUGUGGUCAUAUUGUAUUGCAAAACACUUUUGCUGCUAUUGAGGUGGAAUAUGGGUAAGGUUAGAGACAGGUUUGGUGGUAUGGGCAGGUUUAAGGGUGGGUUAAGGUGUGAGGGAUGGGUCAACAGUGUAAUUAUAUAUGUAAUUAUAUAAAUUAAUUACAGAUGUAAUUACAUAUAGGUAUUUUUAAAAAUAUAAGUACAUUGUAAAAACAUGCAUGUGCACAAUAAGUGCAUUGUACCAAAUGAUUAAUUUAAAUGUAAGUACACAGUAGUUAAGGCCACCUAAUAUAAAGUGGGACCAAACUUUUUUUAUAGGAAUAUUGACACAAUUUUUCUACCAUGUAGGCCUAUUAAUUAUAACAGUAAACCUCUGUUUGUUUGCCAAAAAAAUAAAAGGGUUUCAUUUGCAUUUGAUUAAAAAUAAAUAAAUGUUUCAUGCCUUCAGUUGAUUCUCAGAAAAAAAUAAAACACACAAGAAUUUCUGGAAUAAAAAAUUUUUUAGGGCCCUAUUGUUCAAAAUGUUGAAAUUGAGAGUUUUGGGCUUAUUUUUUCACUGAAAUAAAUGUUUUUGUUAUUACACAGAGAGUAAAGAAAAAAGGUACCAACCCUAAUUACAAUAAUCUAACCUUGAGGUCAUGAACGCAUGAAUUAACGUUUCUGCAUUUGACAUUGAGAGCAUAGGUCGUAAUUUAGAUAUAUUUUUGAGAUUGAAAAAAUGCAGUUUUACAAAUGUUAGAAACGUGGCUUUCGAAGGAAAUAUUGCUAUCAAAUAGCACACCUAGGUUCCUAACUGAUGAUGAAGAAUUGACAGACCAGCCAUCAAGUGUUAGACAGUGUUCUAGGUUAUCACAUGUAGAAGUUUUAGGUCCGAUAAUUAACACUUCUGUUUUUUCAGAAUUUAGCAGUAAGAAAUUACGGUAGCACUUUAUUUUACAGUACGUGUACUUCCCUGGUACAUACAUGGUAAAUAUCUUGUACCUACAGGCAAAUGAGUGUUAACACAAAGUACUUACCUGAGGUGUAUGUACAUGGUAACAAAUAAGAAACACGGCUGUGCUUAACAGUCGUAACAUGCAUGGUAAUUAGUUUGUACAUAAAGACAAGUGUGGGUAACUAAUUAGAUACUUUACUGUACUUACUAAUGUAUAUACAUGGUAAAUAUGUACUUACGGACAAGUGGGUACAAACAGGCAUGUCCUUACAGUAUCCGGUAACUAAUAAGACACAUUACUGUACAAACUAAUGAUAUGUACAUGGUAAAUGUGUAGCACCUACGGAAAAAUGUGCUAUUAUGUGGUAACAAACAAGACACAUACUGUACUUGGUAUACACGUGGUAAAUAUGUAGUACUUACAAACAAGUGUGUGUUAAUGUUAAAUUAUUCUCAACAACAGUGCUUACAGAGUUUGAAGAACUGGUAAUUCCUGUGUAAUGUUUAUGUAAAAUGGUGCACUCUAUUUUACAGUCCUAUUUCCAUAUACUUACUUUGUACCAUCUACCAUCAAUUACUCAAUAAGUACCUUGGUCCAUGUUUAUACCCCAACUUGAGUACCGCAUAAUUUAUUCUGUACAUUAACUAAUAGGUACAUACAUCAGUACUUACAUAGUAAGUAUAUGGAAAUAGUACUGUAAAAUAAAGUUCACCAUUUUCACCAUUAGCAUUCCGUUAGUUUUUCAAAUUGGUAUGUUUCGCCGGGCCGCAAAGAAAUAUAGAGCUGAAUAUCAUCAGCAUAACAGUGAAAGAAACGGAGCGAGAAACCCCCUCCAAAAAAACAGUAAUGGAAACGCGAAUAGAAACAUGAAUGAAAACACGGAUGACAAGCUAACCGGCUAACGAAUGCUAACGUGCUGCACUCGCGGUUUUGGAACCGAUCAACGAUCAAAUUAGUCAGAUUAGUUUGAUAGAUAAUAUCAGAAAUAUGGUGGGAAUUAAGUUAUAUUUUAUCACUUUAAACAACAGAGAGUGAAAGCAAGAUAGAGAUUCAACAGAAAAGCGAAGCUACAUGGAGCUACAAUCACAAACAACUCAGCAGCACAGCAGACAGGAACAGCUUUAAGAGCUGCACACAUCUAAUAUACAGCAUCCGUUUUUCUCUCAACUGUUUACUUUCACUUUAGACAUAACCAACUGCGUAUAUGUAAUCCUUGUGUGUAUUAGCUCAAUCAGAUGCAAAACAUAACUUUGUCCAUAACUUUUCAGUAUGCGUGCGCUUCAGGUGUGUGUGCUUAGAGAAAGCGCAUGUCAUAACGGAAAGCAAAUUAAAUGUUUAACUGGCAAGGAUUUAAAGCACAUGCAAAUAAUGUAUUUUUGUGAUUGUGAAUAAGUGCAGUGUCCAGUGAAUGUAACACUACUUCUGAGUUAACAUUUGAUGUGAAUGUAUGUCGCGUUGUACAGUAUUUUGAGACAGAGGUGCUAUAGCACAAUACUACACUAUUUUUUCAAAAGUAGAUCGUGGAGAGAGACAUUUUGAUUGUCCACGAUCAAAAAUCGUCAUAUCGCACACCCCUAAGCACAGGUGUUUUUUGACAAUUAUAAUAAGAAGAAAUAACUCUUGAACACAGAGGAAAGUGUUGAUAUUAGUUGAGAAAAGAACCAGUUGAAAACUAAAACAUGUUCAAACCUGUGUAUAAAUCCUGGUUAAUUAUUUUAUUUUUAUUUUUUCUCAACUAAGGGCUCUCAUAAAAUGAAUGCUGCCACAUUCCUGCCAAGACCAAGGACAAAGUCAUUUUGCAAUUUUGCCUGCUCUGCUUGAUUUAUGAGUGGUUUCUGGCUGACUGUUGAGGCGCUUGGUGUGCAGAUGAAUGGCCCCAGUUGUGUUGUUGAGGAAAUGCUGGGCCAGUGUUAAAGCCUUAUCUGAAAGCCACAUGGAGUGCCUCAGGGACCAAGUCUAGGCCCUCUAACCAUUUUUAAUUUUUCUCAUUUACCUCAGUCAAAGCUUAAAGUCUUAUGAGAGACGAAGAUAAACAUAAGGAUGUGCAGCACAAGAACUGUUAAGACGAUAGUAACCCAUACACUCAUUCUGAAGACCCCUGUUUCUGAUAAUGUGGUUUUGGGCUACUAUUUCGCCUAAGAUGUUAAAUAAAAGUAAUAUCUGUUACAAUAAAUUCAAUAAAUAGUACUGGUGGGUUUUUUUUUUGUUUGUUUUUUUUCAUUCAAUUACAAUGAAUGCAACUUUUAUUUAUAAUGUCAGUUGAUGGCCUCCACAGUACUUGGGUGGAAAAAAUUAUAUUCAGUCUCAUUUAGAUUGUUAGUGAGUUCCAGUGAAACAGACAAUGUAUAGCUGACAAAUGACCCAAUUAGACUGUUCUCAUCUCCAAAAAGAGCAUUGCCAAAUAACACAACCAUUAAAUAUAUUUAUGUCAUGGCAACUUUCUGAGGGAUUGGCAUGGUAAUGUACAUGACAAUGUUAAUGUGUUUGGUCUUGGCGGAAUAGAUCUGCUAUGCUGCUGCUGCUGCGGCAAAGCAAGUACCGAGACUUGCUACUGCCAAUACAUCCACAAUAUGCUGCUGUGAGCAUGUGAGAUACUGCUGCUGCACAUAUAACAUACUGUAUAUAAAAUAACCCCUAUAUAGCAUACAUGAAUCACCCAUAGCAGAUCUAUACAGGUGGGGCUGGGGAAGGUGGAGGGUUCUGAAGUGCACUGCAACUGCUAAAAGCAAGCACUAGCCAAGUAUUUGAAUGUUGAGCAGCAAGCUCAUUGGCUGCUGAUACAAAAAGAAUCAAUCAGCUGUGCCAUGUGAUGAUGUCAUUAUGUCAGAUUGAGUUGGACCUAUCGAACUGCGCCAUCUAGAGUUUUAUGCCAGAACUUUGGAUUUAUCUAUAUGUUAGGGCAUGUUUUUUUUAGAGCAAUGACAACAGAAUUACAUUGAAGGAGAAACCUAAGCCUUAAAAUAUCAAGAAUUGGGGUUAGGAUCUUUUGGGCAAGUAAGCAAUGACCUGUCAACCACCCAAAGCAUGCCAGCAAGUGAAUAGCAACAGGUUCGAAACUUUAUGACAGCAUUGUGUGGCAUGUUUUGCAUGGGAAAGCUCCACAGACUACGUGAAAUUUGUGUUUUUAAAUGCCAUUUAUCACAGUGCAAAACUAUAUAACCUGAUCAGCCACAACAUUAAAAACAUGCCUAAUGUUGUGUAGGUCCCCCUCGUCCUUCCAAAACAGCUCUGAUGCAUCAACUCCACAGAACCUCUGAAUGUGUCCUGUGGUAUCUGGCACUAAGACAUUAGCAGAAGAUUCUGUAAGUUUAAAGUCCUGCAAGUUGCGAGGUGGUCUCCAUUGAUUGGAUUUGUUAGUCCAGCACAUACCAUAGAUGCUCAAUUGGGUGAGAGAAACAGUCUUUAGCUAGGUGGUACUGUACAUGUCAAAGUAACAGCCACAUGAAUUCAACAUUACCCAGAUCGUAACACUGUCCCCGUCAGCCUGCCUUCUUCCCAUAGUGCAACCUGCUGCCAUCUCUUUCCCAGGUAAAUGACAAACUCACACACAGAUGGCCAUCCAUCUGAUCUAAUGUGAUUCAUCAGUCCAGGCAAUCUUUUUCCAUUGCUCCAAGGUUUAGCUCUGAUGCUCAUGUGCCCAUUGUAGGCACUUUCAUUGGUGGACAGAGGUCAUCAUGGGCACUAUGUCUAUGUCACUGUGCAGCCCCAUACACGGCAAACUAUGAUGCCCUGUGUGUUUUGACACCCUUCUAUAUCAUGGCCAUUAUUAUGUUUUUCAGCAAUUUGAACUACAGUAGCUUAACUGUGUAAUCAGACCAGACAUGCUAGUCUUUGCUCCUCAUAUGCAUUGUACUUGUUACAUCGUAAGAAGAAUGGCAUCUACGCUAAUAUUAGUCUGUUUCUUUCUUAUUCCGAGAUCACCGUAGCCACUCGAUCCAGUCUGUAUCCAGAUCAGAUGGUCACUGCAGUCACCCGGAUCCAGUCUGUAUCCAGAUCAGAUGGAGGAUCAACACCUAGAGACGACCUCUACAGCCCUGAACGUCAACGGAGAUCAGGACACCUAGAUGAGCCCCAGAGACAGAUCCCCAGUGAGGACCUCGUCACCUAGACAGCCAUCGGGACAAGACCACUGGAACCAAAUGAGUCCUUUACACAAUCUGACUUUGCUGCAGUUUGAGCAAACCGCUGGUUCGUCUGGUCAGAGGAGAACUGGCCCCCCGACUGAGCCUGUUUUCUCCCAAGUUUUUUUUCUCCAUUCUGUCACCGAUGGAGUUUUGGUUCCUUGCCGCUGUCGCCUCUGGCUUGCUUAGUUGGGGGCACUUAAUUUCCAGCGAUAUCGUCGACUUGAUUGCAAAGACACUAAUUAAACUGAACUGAGCUGGACGAUGACAUCAUUGAAUUCAAUAAUGAAAUGCCUUUAACUGAAAAUUGAGUGUUUAAUCUUGUCAUUUUACAUUAUUGACACUAUUUUCCUAUUUUGAUAUUGGAAAGUGCUUUGACACAAUCUGUAUAGGGCUUAUUCGCAAACACCGGAAGUAGCUAACCGCGGCCAUUUUGUUGACAUGACAUUUGCCCGCCCCUAGCCGCCCGCGCGUAGAUUUGAGUUGAGGGGAGAAGUAAGUUAGCCUAAUGGCUUCAUCUCGUCGGUAUCAAGAGAAGAUGAGCUUGAUUGGUGUGGACCCAUAUCAAAUAGACCCAACAGCCUUAAGUAAAGAUCCGUCCUUAUUGCCAGCCGUCACUUAUCCGGAUAUUUAUAACUAUCUCGUUCAUACAGUAUCCGCAUACACUUCGCAGGAGCUGAAGGCCUUCAAGUCACUUGAGUCAUAUAACUACUUCAUCUCUGGCAAAGUCGGCAACCUUCUUACUUUUGUUCCACCAACGACAUCGUCAAACAUUGCCGUGAUCGCAGAGGUUAAACACAGUCAGAAGUUAAGUGCCCCACCUCUGCGCCCAUGGGUUACUGCCCAGAAGGAUGGCGUUAUCUUGGCUGCACACUGCACCUGCAUGGCGGGAUUAGGCGAGACAUGUAGCCACGUUGGAGCGGUUCUUUUCGCCAUCAAGGCAGCUGUUUUGCUCCGUGAGUCCCAAACUGUGACAGAAAAACCUGCAUAUUGGCUACUUCCAAGUGGACAACCGAAGGAAAAGUACCUUGAAGUAGAAAACAUUGACUUUCACUCAAAAGCUACAAUCAAACACAGACUGGACACAACAUUUUCAGAAGGGAAACCAAUACAAUACAAGGACAAACAAAAGCUACCUGAUGUGUCAGAGCCAACAGAUGCUGAGAUCGCUACUUUCCUGGGAGAGCUGCAAGCUACAGGUGAUAAACCAGUCUUGCUGUCUGUCAUGAAAGACUAUGCAGCGUUCUAUGCUCCAGUGUCGAACACCGAUACUGGCCAGCCCCUGAGUGAGCUAUUCGAUGAACAGUGCAUUUCUAUGACAAGCGAACAGUUACUCUUACACUGUAGUACCAUUGCAGUUGACAUUUCUCAAAGGCAAGCUGACACAAUAGAACAGCAGACAAGAGAACAGUCUAAAAGUAAAGCCUGGUAUAGAUUUAGGGCUGGUAGAAUUACAGCCUCACGCAUGAAAGCUGCUUGUUCCACACCACCUGAGAAGCCAUCACAAAGCCUCAUCAAAAAUAUUUGUUACCCUCUAAGCGCAGGCUUUACAAGUAAAGCAACCACUUGGGGGUGUGAUCAUGAACAACAGGCACUAACUUGUUAUCGUCAGCAUAUGCAUUCACACACCAAUUUCAGAUGUGAGACCAGUGUAAUAAAUCCAGAACUGCCUCACAUAAGUGCCAAACCAGAUGGGAUAGUACAUUGCGACUGCUGUGGUGAUGGUGUAGUGGAGGUUAAAUGUCCGUUUUGUGCACAUGAUAGCAUAAGCCUCAAAGAAUGUGUUGAUGGCAGAUUCUGUUUGGAGGAAUCUAAUGGCAAAUUACAGCUCAAACAUUCACAUUCCUACUAUUUUCAAGUCCAGACACAGAUGCUUGUAUGCAAUAAGGAGUUUGCUGAUUUUGUUGUAUGGUCAGAAAAUGAUUUACACAUAGAGAGGGUAGAACCAGAUAUUGGACUCUGGGAAGUAAUUAAGUCAAAAUCUAGGGAUCUUUUUUCCAAAGCCCUUCUCCCAGAGCUUGUGGGCAAACUUUUCUCAAGGCCAUGUCCAUCAGCAAUGCCGACCGACACAGCUGAUGUGACUGAAGUUGAUCCCUCUGAAAGCAGAGAAAAACCAAUCCCAUCAGACAUCAUCUGCGUGUGCAAGCAACCAUACAAAGUUCGUGACCGUGUGGUGCGUUGUCACAGUGAGGACUGCCUUCACAUAUGGUUCCAUCUCGCAUGCAUGAACAUGAAACGUAUGCCUAAUAAGGGGAGCAAAUGCUACUGUUUGGUGUGUAGAGCUGAAGUGUGAUGGUACAGUAUGACACAUGAAAUGAGGAUUCUGAUGUAACAGGUUUUUAUUAUAAUUUGUAUUUGUAUGUACACAGUUCAUUGUAUUUUGUCAUUCUAUACAAAAAAAUAUGAAAUUCAGUACCAUUUCUAAUGACUGCCUAAAUGCUAAAAUGUAAGAUGACUAUUAAAAUAACUUUGUCUUAUUCCAUACUGAACCUGACUUUUGUGAUGAUUAAGAUGUUAUGAUAACACUAUACAUGUAUUAACAACCCGUUUUACAACCACACACAUCUAAUCAAAAGGUACAACUGAGGAGCACAUGUUGGUAAGGCAACAACACACUGUAGUUAUCUUAUCGAUAACCGCUAUCUCAGAUCCUGAUGUCACCAAGUAGGAGAUGGGUAUCUUCUCUGACAGUAUUCCAUAUUUAUUGCGCACCAAUCCUAUCACUCUUUCUACAUGUAUGCGGACAUGUGCGAUUUUGCGGGUGGCCUCAACUUCAAGAGCAGACAGCUGUAGCUUUCCUCGAGUAUAACUGGGUGUUACAACUUUUGCACAUUUUAACCCUACACUCUUGUAUCUUAAAACCUCUGUCUGCCAAGAUGAAAUCACCAGGGGUAAGUAGCUCGAGUAAGCCUGAGUUUUCUGUGACAUGUUUAUCGGUAGUACGCCCUCCCAAUGCCUUAGAGAGAAAAGAAAUGGAUCCCUGAGGUGUGAUGCCUAUAAGGUAUUUGAUAGUGUUAUGGUGUUUAUAUGAAGACCAAGUGAGACUGCGUGCUGUCAAACUUGAAGGCCUCUCUAUAAAAAUUUCAAAACAAUCAAUUAUUACUGUCACUCUUGACCCAAAAUGUUGUUGAAAGGUUAUUGGCAUAGACUUCCGAAGCUCAUCUCUCCUCGGCCAAAAUAUAAACUUCUUAAGUUUCACAUACAAAACAUGUAUGACACAAACAAAGGUUUUGGACACGGUAGACUGUGAAAUGCCAAUUCUUUAGGCAAGGUCCUGUUCUGGGAAGUUGUGGCGGAGUCUCAUCAGUACCAACACAAGUUUUUGAAACUUGGUUAGUGAAGUUUUAAUGCUGUCAGUAAGGGAACCUUCAAUGAAAUUAUAGAGCACCAUUAAUGUAGCAAAACUGGGCAAACCUGUAUAAAAUCUGACUUUUUUCUCAUCUUCCCUGAGUGUGUCAAUGCUUAUCUUUUCUGUGGCUAGCUGACAUUUCAGAUUAAUAUUGUCAGUAAGCAGUCUUUGGUGAUCAGCUUGUAUUUUGGAGCACACUUCAGAUGUGCACAUAUCUUCCUCAACUGUCUCAAAAGCAUCAAUAACCUCAUUGUAAGCCUCUGUAGUGUUCAUCCCUGGGCUGUCUUGCUCCUGUGCCACACUCCCUGAACUUGAUGCCUGUGCUCUUCGCUGCUGCACCCUGUUGUACCUGCCCAUUACACAUCCUUUUCUUGAUCUCUCAGCCUUUCCUGUCUGACCUAUCUCUCCUGCCAGCUUCAGUGAGGGGGCCCAAUCAGGAUGAGUGCUAUCAUGUAGAUAUGAUGGCUUACCUAAAAGAAAUCCACACAAAAGGGACUGUUCACCCUCAACCUAAUACAAGUCAGGGCUCCAGACUAACUUUUACUAGGAGCGCUGUAACAAAAUAACACAGUAUCAUACAAGCACUAAUUCUCGACCUAGUAUCAAUGCCAGACCUAUAUGUUCAUAUAGUUAUUGAUACUAAUUUAAUAAUUGUCUCAAUGUAUGGCAGCUUCCUCUAUUUGAAAGAGCAGUUUCAGCCACUGCUUACAGCUAACCAUAUGUGAUAAAAUUAUGGGGACAGACUUUGCUGUGAGGUAACUUUAAGUUAUCUAAAAAUUGUAACGUUAGCCUACAUGUGAUAAAAUGAUGGGAACAGACUUUUCUGUGAGGCAUAACGUUAUAUCCCUAACGUUACCUGUGGUAAAAUGAUGGGAACAGACUUUGCUGUGGGGAGUUGGCUGAAAGUUUACCCUAUUUAUCCUAGCUAGCCACAAGUCUCUCCUGCGCUGGCUCAACUGCUCUGUCUCCUUCCCUUCGCGUUUUCUGACAGUCGGUAUCGCAUAAAAACUAACUCCGGGGUUCUUAUUGCUGCUGUUAGAACAGCCGUGUAUUACACAACACACCAUCGCGCGGUUUAAAAAAAAAAUACAGCGAUAAUACCAUGGAUAAUACCGAAGCUGCCUCGCUUGUCAAUUGACAGACUGACAGUUGCCGUGGUUUCUAUGUCAACAACAUGGCCGCCGCGAACAUUGAUGACGUAGAUCGAAUAACAACUAUUGUUAAAAGCGCUAUGUAAAUAAAGGUGAGUUGACUUGA